AUGGCUCCGAACGACAUCUUCCAGUUCUCACUACUCUCGGCAUACAACGCCGGCCUCAAAGAUGGAGGUCCUCCCACAGCUUUCCUCAAGACGCAAGGUGAUCACGGCAUUGGGCUUUUCGAAGACGAAGAGAGCGAUCUCGUGUUAGUCGAUGGAACACCGUACGCUGUUGACAAAGAUGGAGACGCGGAUCUGGCCGAGAAGGACGACCAGCUUCCGUUCGUCAUGGUCACUACGUUUCAGCCAAAAGAGAGGAUGAAGGCUUCAUCUGGGACGACAGCGAAAAAGCUGAAAGAGCUAUUUGAAGAGAGCAGGAACACACCUUUGGCAUUCAAGAUCAAGGGCAAAUUUAAGUACCUGAAUACGCAACAACAGACGUAUUGGGAUGUUACAGGACAAAUAUUUGGCUUCUGUAUCCCGUCAUGGCAGAAGACCAUGAGCGGCGAUGGCUUGCAAGCUAUGUAUCUGAGCGAGGAUAAGGAAACUGGAGGCCGUGUCGUCGACUUCGAGACAGGAGACGGUGCUACACUGGAAUAUGCGAAGUGCCCACGAUUCCAUCUCAAUUUCUCACAGGAUGAUGAGUUUCAAGAAUUGCGUCUUUAG